AUGUGUCAUGCUAUUGUGUGGUACCACGCUCUUUGCCAUCACCUAGACCAAUCCCAAUCAUCCACUAUCCCUUGCAUCUAUGCCACGGCAACAGGAUACGAUUGUCUACCGCACUACCAACCCGUGCUUGACUUUCCUCUUUCAGGAGAGUGCUGCACCUGCAAAGGCGAGCGGCGGUGGCAGCAGAAGCAGACGCAGAUGCAGCGGAAACCUACUGAUCAGCCCCAGCCCCAGCCCCAGCCCCAACCUGAACCUGCAAGCGCCGAUAUGAAUGAUCCGGCAAAUCUUGAAAAUGAUCCCGAAUAUCAUGAAUUCUUAGAGGAGUGUGACCGCAUUUUCAAUCACAACCGCACAGCGGAGGAUUGGGAUAUGCAUCUAUGGAUGGGCGGCGCUGAUUUGCUUGCUAGAGGAUCCGAAACAGAAACAAACAUGCAAUUUGACAUGGAUUUGAACGAUGAUAUCUGGUACGACGAAGAAUUUUACUUUGGUGAUGCUGAGGAUAUCCCUCCUUCAUUAUCUUGGUUAGAUAUGGGACCUGACUCUGGCUCUGACUCUGAGUCUGAGGUUGAAUCUCAUGCGUUGGAAGGAAACGAUUUUACAGAUUCCCCUACUUUGGGCUAUGAUUCCCCUGUUUGGGGGAUGACUGGACAGCAGGAUGAGAGCGCGACGCUGAAAUCUAUGAUUCCUGCUCCGGUGAGUCGGAACAAGGCCCUUGAACGUGUCUGGGAGGCCUGGGAGUUGGAAGUUUUUGAUCAGCUCACUUUCUAA